UUUUCCUUAGAGAUCGCCUUCCCAUUGGCACUAACUUGUAUAGAUGCAUGUGGCCAUUUUAUUGAUUAUUCUCGAGGACCUUACAAAGUAUAACAACAAUAUGUCUGAAUCCGCCAUCUUGGCAACAUCUGCCGCUACUCCUAUCCAUAUGAUGAUGGGGUGCAAGCUAGGCCACAUACCCAAACCUCUCACCUAAGCCUAACAUCUAAAGUCGGAGGCCUCGACCGAGCCACCUACCGGGUCCGGGGCACAAACCGGUCCGGCGCACUCACAUGUGUUGUUGCCAUCUUCCACUGGUCCAUCUUCAGAGCAGAUUGAGGUGUCAACCUUGGCAGGUCCUCCGCCAUCGACAUCACCAUGAUGCCAAACGAUGACCUCCACCUACGCGAGUCCAACUCCAAGCAGCGGACGUAGAUCCAUGCUAGGAUAGGGCCGCACCACCGCCGUCGCCCACCACCCACAAGCACCACCCAACCCCAAGGUUCCCAGAGCGGCGCCUACAAGAAGGGAACGGCGCCGUGAGCGCCGCCGCCGCCCAACAAAGUUAGGGCUUUCGCCCGGGAGACCUAGGGGAAGGAGAAGUGAGGAGAUCAGUCCAUACCGAUGCCUCCAAGGAGGGGAACGACGCCCUCAGGCGUCGCCGUCGGCGCGGCUUGCCAGGGAUUUUGCCCGAACUAGAUCCCUGCCACCAGCAGCGCCUCCUGUACAGAACCGGCGACCAAAGGAAGCGCGGCCCAACCAGGCUGGCCCGCACGUCGAACAGGAGAGGAGGGGAGGCGCCAGAUCGCGCGCACCGGCCACCGCAUAAGCCGCCGACCGCCGCCAACGACCACCGGGAUCCUGCCGCCCGUGCGGCCAGGACGCCAGAUCCACCGCCCGCACGGCUUCUCGCCGGAGCCUACCGUGCCUCGCCAAAGGAGCCGCCGCUCCAGAUCCGGGACUCCCCACGCAUAGGCAGAGCAGCCGGGGCCCUGCCGCCACCAUCCUUGGCGCCCCGGGCUUGCCCGACGGCUGCCUCAGGUGGCGGCGAGGAAGGGAGGGGGAGGUGAGCCCGAUGGUGCGGCUAGGAUUCGCCCCCCCUUGUCCCAAUGCACUCGUAAUGCAUAUAUAGUCCCUCCUAAUCAUUUUGUGUUUGUUUCUUGUCAAGAUUCAGAUCGAAUUUUCGACAUCAGACACGUAUUUUGUUAAUCAGAUGCUGAAGGUGAGAUCAGGACACAAAAAACAUAUGGGACUUAAUAAUUAGCAGUUUCAUUUUGAUAUACUGUGCGAAAACACUUAUUUUCCAGGAAUCUAGCUUCAUGUAAGCAUGCAAAGUUGAUUUUUUACAUCCAAUUUGACCAAUUGCAUAAAAAAUCAAUCCUCUCCACUUGAAGGUAGGUGAUGCACACAGAUUUCUUCUUAACUCGCAAGCACCGUGGGAUGAAGACAGUACUCAGUGAGUGCUCAACCCAUCUGUACAUACGCUGCACUUUAUGCCCCCGUGCCGCUGCCAUGCUUAUCUUGCCUCUAAUUGAUCUGUCUCACCACAGUGCCGUCUUGCUGUCCCUCCCCGGCUUGCCUCGAUCUUGCAUGAGAGGUUUAUUUGCGUAGGACUGUCGGGGGAUAAUUGGAUCGAGUAGGAGUUGUUACGUGGAAGAGGAGCUAGCUGGGCGAUCCUUUGGCUAGGUGACGAGGAAGAAAUUGAGACGGCCGGCUGUUGUAUGGGAGCACGGCCAGAGAUGGAGUUCGAUAAGGUCUCCCAAAUCAGAAGGUUUGGCCACCCUUAACAAUAUCCUCAUCGGAUAUAACUUGGGGAAGGCCAAGGCGUACGCCCUACUAUAUAAGCUCGGCCACCCACGCCCCAAACAAAUCACAACCAACCUUCCUCAAGUCGUUUGUUCCCCUGAGCAAUCGAGUUGUGUUCCCGGCGGGCGAUCGAUCGAUCUUGCUGAGCAUCAUGGUUUCCGCCAACGUGGCCCGCAACAUCGUGGGCAUCAUUGGCAAUGUCAUCUCCUUCGGCCUCUUCCUCUCCCCUGUGCCGACGUUCUGGCGUAUCUACAAGGCCAAGGACGUGGAGGAGUUCAAGCCGGACCCCUACCUGGCGACGCUCAUGAACUGCCUGCUCUGGUUCUUCUACGGGCUCCCUAUCGUCCACCCCAACAGCACCCUCGUCCUCACCAUCAACGGCAUCGGCCUCGUCAUCGAGGGCGCCUACAUCAUCAUGUUCAUCAUCUACGCGGCCAAGAACACAAGGUGGAAGAUGCUCGGCGUGCUCGCCAUCGAGGCGGCGUUCAUGGCUGCCGUGGUGGCCGGUGUGCUCGUCGGCGCCCACACCCAUGAGAAGCGCUCCAUGAUCGUAGGCAUCCUCUGCGUCAUCUUCGGCUCCAUCAUGUAUGCCUCCCCGCUCACCAUCAUGGGUAAAGUGAUCAGGACCAAGAGUGUGGAGUACAUGCCGUUCUUCCUGUCGCUGGUAAACUUCCUCAACGGUCUCUGCUGGAUGGGCUAUGCGCUCAUCAAGUUUGACAUCUACAUCACGAUCCCCAAUGCCCUCGGUACAAUCUUUGGCCUCAUCCAGCUGAUCCUAUACGGGUACUACUACAGAUCGACCCCCAAGAAGGGCAAAAACGUUGAACUGCCCACCGUCCUCACCAAAAACGCCGUUACCAGUGGCGACGUCUCGGUCACCAUUGAGAAAUAAGCUUGGCGUCAUUUUUAGCCCUAAAGAUUUUUGAGUAGUUAAUACCGGAUGAUACCAACAGGUCUGAUGUUAAUUAGUAGUACUUUUUGUUAGCUAGUAUAGAGUCUGAGAUUGCCUUUAAUUUUGUGAACAAUUGUCGUCUGUCCGAGACUACAGUGCAAAUUGCAAGUGUAUAUAUAAAUACCAAUGCAGCUGAGUUAUCCCAGAGAUAUAUUAUGACA